GUUGAGGGUUAAUUAUUCAUAGAAAGGUCUGUCUUCCUAUAUCUUCAAAGAGACAAUGGAAGUUUAUGGUAACGGCUCUAGCGACCUCUCCAUCAGUGAUCCAGACCUAGAGAGACAACUAGUGGCGCUCAAUGAGAACAAAGAGAUGGAAGAAGAACUUCAUCUAGCAGCAAUAUUGGGUAAGACACUGCUAGAGAGGAACACAGAGCUAGAGGAACAAGUGAAAAAAUUAGAGGAACACAUCGAUGAGACUUUACUAUCAAAUCGAAAUUUAACUACUCAAUUAUCAAACACUAAGGAAGCAUUGAGACAAGCUAAUAGCUCAUGUGAGAGCUUGGAACAGAAACUGGAAGAGACGGAACGCGAGAACAGAGAACUUAAAACAACGAACUUGAGGCGUCAAGUAACCAUCGAUUUGAAGACUAAAAUCAUCAAUGACCUUCAUGACAGGCUGGAGGGUUUUGAGAGAGAACUGAGCGAAAUGAAGACGCUAAAAUCAAGAGAUGUACCUGAUGGUGCCUCAAAUAAACCCUCUUCUAAUAAUGACAGCUGCAGGGACUUGACUCGUCUGAAUCACGAUGAGUUAUUGAAAGAGCAUUAUGAGAUCGUGGAGGAUUUAUCGAUUAAACUUCAAAACACAAACUACCAGAAGAACAAGACACAGACCCUCCUUGACACAGUAAAGACAGAGAAUGCUAAACUUUCCGAACUACUUGAAAGGACAGAGCUGGAAAAUAUCGAACUGCGCAGCCAUGUGUCUGCUCUUGAAGAGAAGCUCCUAAACUUGAGUACAUCAGAGCCUGUUACUCCUUCUCUCCCUCCCACCAGUCCCCCAAAAACUUUCUUUGCCAGAUACCCAUCGGAAGAGAGUCCUUCUUUUAGCCGAGUGACAACCCUCCAUACGGAACUACUGGUUGAUUAUCAGACCAUGAAGGAGCAGUAUGACUACAUGGUGUCCAACUGUCGCUGUGAAUCCAAAUCACAUAUGAACCUUGAAGAUGGAGACACUACUAAAGAUGAUGUGCAGCGUAGUGGUGUUGAUGGUAAAGAUAAGAAGAACAAGACCGAAGGAGGUAGUGUUGUUAAGGAGUCGUCUCUUAAAGAUUUAUUUCAAGAGGUGUACGCAACACUAAAAGCAACUACUGUAGUAGCAGAUAGACUGAUUGAGAAACGGAAUCAUAAGUAACGAAACUGGACACCAUUUGAUGAUAGUAUAUUAUUAUUAUGAUUAAUGUAAUAUAUAUAUAUAACAAUUAUUUUAAUCAUCAGGUAUCAAAACUGACAUUAUUAUCAAUUAAAUGUAUUAUUAUCACCAUUAUUAUUACUGGUAUUAUUAUUAUUAUUAUUAUCAUUCACGACACAUUGAUUUAUUAUGACUAUUAAUCAUUAUUAUUAAUUAUUAAUUAUUAUUGUAAGUUAUUUCUAAUAUGGAGACUAUUAGUCGUCUGUCGUAAUAAAAAA